AUGCAAAGACACAUGGCCAACACGACGUCCAUCUACCAGGAAGGCAUUUUCCAUCCUUCAACCAGCCUUGGAAUGACAGCAAUGGCCCCGCCGCCUCCGCCCAGAAGAGGGUCUGAGAACCAGUACCUCGGCCACAAACUCAUUGACGACUUCCGCUUGCAGAGUAACGAAACUCCAAUCUUUCUCCCGCCCGUACACUCUGCGGAGACUCCGCUGUUGACUCCACUAGACCUACUGGCUCCUCUCAAACCACUACGUCCCGGAUCUCCACUGGUGGAGAUGCAGCAGAAUCUCUCGGCUAUGCAGAACAUCAUUUCGCAAAGGCUCCUACUGGCCAAGGAAUACGGUACCUCUCUCGCGAUUGAAGGUGCGUUCCGGAAGGCGGAGUGGGAAAGGGAUCGCGCGAGACGCAUGGGACAGACUCGAGGGGCGGGAUCUACCGGAGCAUCGACCCACGCAGCGAAAAACUCGCCAUACAUCGACUGGAACCCUAUAAAAAUGGCCGCGAAGCCUCCAGCCGACAUGUUGCCAUCCACCACCGCCACUCGGCCACGAAGUAGAACGACGAUUCCGGUCAUGGGUCCCACAUCGAUGACGGAGAGCCCGCUGAUCGUACACUCGAGUCUGUACCACCCGUCGUCCAUCGGUAACAUGCACGCCGCCUUCACAAACCAAGACCCGCCCCCUGCCGCCUUCGACAAAGUCGCCCUGACGAUCCAACACCGCGUCCCCAAUCCCGUGACCGGGACUUCCGACCCCUACCACGCGACCGUGUCGGUCCCUUCGUCCGUCAGCCUCAACGAACUGAAACAGGCUGUCUGGGCAGGCAUGCAGAACGACAGCACGGGCAGCGCACCGCAAGCGCUUGCUCUUCGCGGGUGGAUCGAAAGCCUCGUCGUUCAUUGGGAUGUCGAUAAGCAGGUUUAUCAUCAUUUCCCCCCAACGACGGAACUCAGAGAUGAGAGUUUGGAGACUAUGUUGGUGUGUUUGAGGGAUGUGAAGGGGUAUGAUUGGGUUGAGGUUGGGUUUGAGACACCGUGA